AGAAGUUGAGUUCAACUCGACCACUCGACGUCGAAUGGCGACAUGACGGACGGUGGACGGUGGGUAACAGAAGCUUGAACUUCUGAUCGCACAUCGUACCGAGAUUCUAAACGGAACUCCAGACUAGGAUGAGCCGUAGCUCUUGCAGAUUUUGAGAAGCGGUGACUUCCCCGGGAGUCGAUCGUGGAAUCGAAUACAGCCUCUUCAAGUUUCUCGCGUAGAUCACGGCAGAACGUGAACGGCGGCGCGACUGUGCGUUAAUUAUGUGAGUGCGGUGUCGAGACGCUUCUCCGAGCGAUAAAGUGUGCGGGAACAUCUUUUGUCGUGUCAUGUUCUAUCACGAGUACGAGAAACGGCUGGUGAAGCCGAUGGUGGUCGGCGAUGGCUCGUCGCCGACGACGGGUACGACGCUGUUACCCAGUUCUGCCGCCACAUACUCGCCCAUUUAUUUUUCACCUACGAAGACGUCGGCCUGCAAUAAUAGCUAUGACCGUUUCAUACCCACUCGUUCAGGUAAUAAUUGGCAAACCACAUUCUCCAUGAUCAGCGAGAACGGUCGAGGUAGUCUGGUGGCAAAGAAGACACGGGAAAACGGCGAGGGCAGUCGCGAUGGAAUCGCGUACUCCUGCCUGCUCAAGAACGAGUUACUAGGAGCGAGUAUAGAAGACGUCAAAGGCCAAUGCGAGGAGCGCAGAGUGCUAUCGCCGUUGGUGACCAAGAAUCUCUUCAAGUAUACCACACCCACCAAGGAUCGGACACUACUGGAUCAGAGCUCGCCUUACUCUCUGUCGCCUCUCAGUGCUAAAAGUCAGAAACUACUGAGGUCACCUAGGAAAGCGACUAGGAAAAUUUCGAGAAUACCUUUCAAGGUACUGGAUGCUCCAGAGUUACAGGACGACUUCUAUCUGAAUCUGGUCGAUUGGUCCUCCCAAAAUGUUCUCAGCGUUGGUCUGGGAAGCUGUGUAUACCUAUGGUCAGCGUGCACUAGUCAGGUGACGAGACUGUGCGAUUUAUCUAGCGAUGGCAACAGUGUUACCUCCGUCGCCUGGAACGAGCGAGGCAAUUUGGUAGCGGUAGGUACGCAUAUGGGCUACAUACAAGUGUGGGAUGUAGCGGUGAACAAGCAGGUGAGCAAGCUGCAGGGUCACAGCGCUCGAGUUGGAGCUCUGGCGUGGAACGGGGAGGUUCUUUCAUCCGGCAGCAGGGACCGGUUGAUACUGCAGAGGGACGUCAGGACUCCGUGCGUUGUUGGCGAACGACGACUCGGUGCUCAUCGACAAGAGGUGUGCGGUCUUAAAUGGUCACCGGACAAUCAAUACCUGGCAUCUGGUGGCAAUGACAACCGGCUCUACGUAUGGAAUCUACAUUCCCUAUCACCCAUUCAGACGUACACCGAACACUUGGCGGCGGUUAAAGCGAUCGCCUGGUCGCCCCAUCAUCAUGGUCUGUUGGCCUCUGGCGGCGGCACCGCAGAUCGUUGCAUCCGCUUCUGGAACACGUUGACCGGCCAGCCGAUGCAGUGCGUCGACACUGGCUCGCAGGUCUGCAACUUGGCAUGGAGCAAGCACAGCUCCGAACUGGUUAGCACGCACGGCUAUUCUCAGAAUCAGAUCCUCGUAUGGAAGUACCCGAGUCUCACGCAAGUGGCUAAACUCACCGGUCACUCGUACCGGGUACUGUAUCUGGCGAUGUCGCCGGACGGUGAGGCGAUCGUCACUGGUGCGGGUGACGAGACUUUACGUUUCUGGAACGUCUUUAGCAAGGCGCGUAGUCAGAAGGAGAACAAAUCCGUGCUGAAUCUAUUCACGAGCAUCCGGUAAAUUGUAAUCGGACGAUAAUCGGCAUCGUAACGAAGCAUCGCGAAUCGACGUCGUCUUUUAUUAUGUAUUUUGUACAUAACAUACAUAACAUAUAUACACGCACACAUGAAUAAAUAUGUAGUAUUCUCUAUAAAACAAUUAUAUAUAUAUAUAUAUAUACAUAUAUAUAUCUAGGAACGUAUAUAUAUAUAAUGACGUUAAUAGUAGACAGAGGAUGAAGAGAGAUUGGAGAGAGAGCUAUAUAAAAGUAAGAAUUACGCGGUGUUCCCAACGUAUAAGAUAAGUCUGCGGGUUCUUCGUACAGCUUACAAUAUGCGUUGAGUACUUGUGUGCAAUACCCGUCGUUAUUCUCCGGUAGAGGAUAUAUAAAUUGUAUGCCUUUACAAAGAAAAAGAGAAAUUUAUCCAUUCCGGAGACUAUCGCUACGAGACGCUUCAUAUUUUUUAUGCACUUUAUAUACACUUAUUUUUAUACUAUCGCUACACUAUAGAAUUGUGAAUAUAUUUGUAUACAGAGCAUCCUGGAAAGCGCAAUUUUAAUUAGGACAAAUCUGUUGUCGAUUUUUUUGUUAACCGGAUUAAAAUAUUUUGAAAUUGUAAGAAUAUUAUAUAAUUGAGCUCUUUCUUAGGAUUUAAUAUAACAAAAUCAUUUUUUUAUUUUUAUUUUUGUUACUCUAAUUCUGAUUAUUAUAUUAUUUUGUUUAGAGAGAAAGAGAGACUCAAAUUUUGAUUUUGUUUUUUGCUUAACGAGGCAGUUAAUCAUAAUCAAGGAACUUUUUCUUUAAUGAAAAUCGAUUUCAGAUUCGUCAUCAAAUCUAAUCAAGUCGUUCUAGGACACUCUGUAUAAGUUUGGGUGUAUUCUAUAUGUCAUAAAUAAAAUGCAUCCAAACUUCCUACAAUGAACUAUGAAUAGAAAUGUGUGCUGUUUUCUCGUACUAUUCGGACGCCUAAUUAAAAAUUGAAAUAAUGAAUUAUUUUAUUUACUAUAAAGAGAAUGAGAUAAGAUAUAUAAGACCGUAGACGCGAUAUCAUUUCUAUUAGAUGUAAUAUCGUGUACGAAAAUAGAUUAUAUAUAGGAGAAACACUGUAAGUCAUAAGUCGUUAUCAUCUAUGUAAAAACGUACCUGAAUGUGUAUAAGGGGCAUAAUAUUUCGCGAAAUUUAUAAUAUAUAUUAAAAUAAGACAAAAAAAGAGGUAAAAAAAGAGAGAUCAACGUGCGCUAUAUUAAUAUAAUACGAAUCAAAGUCCACUAGU